AUGGCCAUUCAUCGUGGUAUCCAAUCCGCCAUCUUCUUCUACCUCUCCUGUGCCCCUUGCUCCGAAGCACGCUAUCGCAAGAAGCGCAGACAGGAAGCGGUAUGGAACCGUGCUGAACGCGACGCGUUAGAAGAGGAGAUGCCGGAUGCGUAUCGACAUCCCGAACCAAGUUCAACCAAUCCGUAUUGGCAGAGUGAAAUCGCUUUGGGCCCGCAGUUGACGGCCCGGGGAGGAAAUCGAAACAAGGGCAAGAAUGCUGGAGGGAAGGCUUCCCGCGAGGUGCUGAGCAGCAAUACAAGUGUUGCGGGUGCAAGCUCUUUAGAUCUCAACACGCUGCAGCAAAGAGAGGAUGAGGUCCUAUGGGGUACAACAGACAUGACGAUGGACGGAGCGGGCGGCACUGUGAUUCAACGACCGCAACGUGCAGCGAGACGGAGAGGAAUGUCCAAUGAGACCAGUACUACCACAGGAACAGGUGUAUCGGCGAACAGGUACGAGAGCUUUCGUAGUCCUGCGGUCAGCGAAUUAUUGCCGCCCAUUGUACGGACCGUGCAUUCGAGAGAAGAGGUGGCAUGGAUGAUGCAGCCGCCUCCCGUAGCAGAAGUCAUGAGUGGGAAAAGAGAGGGUGGGAGAAGCGGAGCUAGUUCGAGACAGAGCAGCGCCAGGAUGGCCAGGACUGUGUCUAAAGAUAGUGCUGGUUCUGUGCUGAGAGAGAGUCCAAGGACGUUGCCAGCGGAUUUGAGACGACCGUCUUCAAGAGGAGGCGAAUUUCUUGAUUCUACGAUGAUUGCACAUGAUCUUGUACCCAUGAGGAGGGUUGCUUCCAGACCACCUCUCCUCUCAACCAUUGCCAGUGAAGGAAACAUCCCCACAACCGGAGAAGAAGCUCGACUCUCCCUGGUCGACUCCGCGAACUCCUCGCACGACAACGACGGCCAUGACGAAAUUCCCCCGUCUAGACGACCUCGCGCUCGAUCCACUUCUGCAUCCAAGAAAACAGGGGCACUGAAGGGACGAGUUUUCACCGCCAUCGACUCGCCUUCUCCCGAGAGGAGAGAUUUGGAUUUGGAGUUUGCCGAGGGAGAACUUAGGCCGGAACUAUUUGACAGCUGGUACACGCCAGACUUCGACGUGGGCAGGUGGGUGCAUGAGCAUACCCGCCGGGAGGGCGUCAGCAAGAGGUGGAGUUUCGAUGUAUGA